AGCAUCUGAAAAUCUGAAGUGCGACUAUGGUUCGGACUCAACCAUCACCCCAGACUUCCUGAGCGUCGCAACGACGCUGUGCACGAUGCAUGCUUGUCUCGAAGUUGCUGAGAUGCGGGCGGCGAUAUGCAACAACGUAGCAGAUCCUCCGGCUCUGCUAGCGCUCGCAAUGACCUGCAGAGACUUCCGUGACCCGGCCCUCGAUGAACUCUACUACGAAAUCCACUCUCUCGCACACUUGCUCAUGUGCAUGCCACGAGAUCUAUGGGCGAUCGAGACUACUGAGAAUCACGGGCGUCUACUCUUGUUUCGUCGUGCAAUGCUUCGUCGCGAUUGGUUCAUCCUGCAAACGUAUGCGUGUCGCGUACGAAUCGUGCAUGUCAACUGGGACGUGGACAAUCACCUGACUGUGGUGGACCCGAACGCUUUCGGUGCAGUGCAGGUGCAUAGCGCUGGGGUCCUCCUACCUAGUCUGCGGCAUCUCUGGCUCAAGACCAAAGGAGAUAACCAUCGAGGCUUGCUGCUGUGCGACGUUGCUCUUUUCCCCCAUCUGUUCUUUGCCGCCUGUCUCAGGACGCUUACCCUACAUGAAGUAAGGUCAGAUUCAGUGCAUGUACUGAGCGCGGCAAGCCUAGCCAGCCCGUACAUCGAAGAUCUUGAUCUAUCUAUAUGUGGUCAAGUCGGAGAAGAUAUCUUAGAGACACUAAACGACGCGGCGAGUAGGCUAACAAAACUCCGGGUCCUCAAACUUUCUCUCGUCGAAUGGAAGACGACGUUACCAAUCUUGCCUAUUCUUACGGCUCUUGCACCUCUCUCAUCGCUGGAGAAGAUCCGUCUAGAAUGUCACAAUCAAGACAAAAGCAAGCCCACAAACCCCGGCUGCAACCUCGAUACAUCUCCUAUCCCGCUGAAAUCACUUAGAACCCUUGAGCUAACGGCUUCACCAUGUCAAGUCAUGCAAGUCAUGGCUGCCUUGCCUGACCUCCCCCAGUUGACGCGAGUGCUUGCUACUUUCGAAGCGCUUCAGGCGGACGAGACAUUCCACCAAGCCAUGGUCACGUUGGCAAAAGCCCUUGCCACGUCCCCCGUCAGAAACAUCGCGCUUUAUUUCGAGAUGUUCUAUCUACCAGGCUUGCUCUCCUUCGGAGCACUUCGUCCGCUGUUCAAGCUCCACAAACUGAGGCAUCUAUGGCUCCUCAAUUACCCCUGCCCCUCAUUCGACAACGCAAUGCUUGCAGAGCUUGCAUCCGCAUUCCCUGAUCUUCGUAGUUUGUCUAUGACUCUAUGCAUUCUACGAACAACCGAUCCCGCGGAAAGUGCGACCAACGUCACGCUCGAAGGGCUCGCGACAUUGCUCCGGUACUGUACCAAGCUUCAAAGGCUCUCCAUGGCCGCCAACUUGACAGCGGCAGCCAACCCGGAUGUCGUGUCAAAAACUGCGGUGUGGGUUAGCGAGGUACACCAGACCCAGCUUCAAAGAUGGGAAGUGUGCAAUUCCGUGAUCGGCACGGACGAUGUCAAAUUCGUUGCCCGUACACUGACAUGCAUUGCUCCUAAUCUUCGGAACCUUGAGCUUCCGGUAGGCGAGUACAGGGUCCAUUGCAGAAUAAACGGCGAGGGAGUUCGGUGCUGGAAGGACGUAGAGGAGCAGCUUGAAGAUUACAGAUUUACGCGGAGGUAUUCUCGUAUGCGAGUGGCUUCAGGUUGACAUGUCUGAAAGAUGACAUUGGAGGGGCUGUCAGACCUGAGUUGUUGCCAGAUGUAGCUAUGCGUACGGUCAGAUGGAUAAGAAGGCUUGAAGCUAGGUGAGCGAUUGGGACGUCCAAGACGUUGAUGACAUUACAUCAUUACGGCACUAUACCAUACUUCACUGGAUACAAUUGGUACUAGUAAUAUACCCAAAGGAAAAUAACUCUAUCGAAG